UCACGUGACACCUGCACAAGGAAGUCAACGAGGGCCUGACGAGACCGGCGAAGAAAUCUUCGCCAAGACAAUAUCAAUUGAAAAAUUAAUGUUUUGGUCUCAGAUUUCAGGACUUUGAAUACGACAUUCUAUGAAAAGUGUUUCCAUGUCGAGCUAACCUGGAAAUUUGUAGACGACAACAUGGAGUCACUGUUGUACUCCGCUCUUUUAUUGUGGAUUUUGACAGCUGCAUCCACAGCUUCAGACUUAUGUACGGAGCUGCAGUUCACAAAUGUAACCGGCGACACGUGCAUGCCACGGACGGAGACACCAUCACACUGAUGUUCAAACCUGACAUAUCAAAGUGUUCUAACCCCCCCAACAGGAUUCUCAUUAAAGUAACACGAGGAUCUCAAGAAUACUGCCGAAUGACCAUAGAUAAGAGGAUAUGUAAGGCAUCCGAUCAAACAUCAACAUAUUGUCGAUGUGUAGACGGGUCAGAAAACAUUCAGUUCAGCAUGAAAGUCGACAGAUCGAGUGAUGUGGUCUACAACUGGGUUUGGAGCAGCUCCGACACUGGGACAGAAAGACAUCACUUGAUAAGGUUUAACGUGAGCAAUUCUCCGUUUUCAAGACCCGUCAUCGUCGGUCUACAAACAAAUCAGGUUGUACGUGUGGGAGAAGACCUAACCUUAACCUGUGUAGUCCCUUGCACCAAAUCUCCCCUUUCCUCCGUGAACUUUACUUGUGGACACCGCAGUGGAAGUUUUAAUCGCACGACUGGCUUUCAUACUUUGACCUUUAACCCCCUGACCGCCGCGGACGACGGAGCUGAGUGUCGGUGCACAGCAACGUGGCUGCAGGACGCGAACUACUUUCACGCGGAAGAGUCUGCAGUACUGACUGUGAAGGAAAGUAAAAAGGUCGUUUCUAUACCAACGAUGAUUAUGUUCGUCACCCUCUCUCAUCUCGUUGGUGUCCUCUGGUCCGGAACGAUCUUCUUCAUCAUUCUUAGGAGAAAAGUCAGGCCGCGCAUUCGUCGGAUGCGAAGACGGAGACUCCCCCCUCGUCCUAACCCCCUCUGCCUCCCGACCAACGUUGCCGCCUACGAUGACAUUCCGGACAGUUGGACAACAUCUGACCGGCUGAAGAAUUACGACCGUAAAGCGGCAGCACCAUCAAAGACUGCCCGGGAGCUGACAACAGUGACAUCAACGGAUGCUUUGAAAACAACACAAAAAUUUCUGGAAGUCCCUGAACCAGCAGCAACAUCAACAAAUGCCACUAAACCAGCAGCUUCAGCAAGGUCAAGAGCAGCAACACCAAAGGCAUUACAGUCCAGAGUCCUAAGCUGA